ACAGGCAGGCAAUGGUGUCGCAAACUCUAGGGGGGAGGGCGUCAAGACUACAGAGCACGAAGUUGGAGGGCAGGGGGUGCGCGAAAUUGAGAGUUGCACAAGCGCGGAAAAGAAGAAGAAGAAGAAGAAGAAGAAGAAGAAGAAGAAGAAGAAGAAGAAGAAGAAGAAGAAGAAGAAGAAGAAGAAGAAGAAGAAGAAGAAGAAGAAGAAGAAGAAGAAGAAGAAGAAGAAGAAGAAGAAGAAGAAGAAGAAGAAGAAGAAGAAGAAGAAGAAGAAGAAGAAGAAGAAGAAGAAGAAGAAGAAGAAGAAGAAGAAGAAGAAGAAGAAGAAGAAGGAGAAGAAGAAGAAGAAAAGAAAAGAAAGAAGGAAAGAAAAAGAAAGAAAGAAAUAAGGAAAGAAAAAGAAAGAAAGAAAUAAGGAAAGAAAAAGAAAGAAAGAAAGAAAAACACGCUACAGUAACGGCAGAAGCGUGAGUAAUGGCAGAAGCGUAAGGAAC